AUGGCAUCUGUGAACGUCUCGGACGGUGGAGAGACGAAGGAAGAGGGGUGUGUAUCAGGAUUGUUGCUGUCGAUAUAUGACAACAACAAUGACAUUGCAGAUGAACCAUCAUUGGAUGGGCCUUGCUCCCCACAAGAGGCCACUCCCGGGAAUGAAGGCAGCUUGACCAGGCCAAGUCAGCAAGUGUCGGCAGCCAACUCGUCACCACUGGACACCACCCAUGGAGAACAGGCCACAGAAGAGAGCGAAGUUGUUGAACAAGCACGAGGGCCCGUUAACCCACAAAAAAGGCGGCGACAAGUACGAGAUGUCCAAAGAGGAAUCAGAGGCCUCCAAAGCAUGGGGCUGGAGCUCCUGACAAGGAGAGAAGAGAACGAUUUUAUCCUUCGGCAAAAGGAAAUUGAACUGCAGCACCGUAAGCUCGAUAAUGAUGAGAGGCGCCUGGCCUUGGAAGAAAAAAAGGUGUUCCUAUUUGAGGAAAGACUGCAACAACUUGAAACACAAUGUCAGCAAAAUAAUGAGAAAAUGCUCGAGCAGCAUGCAAAGAAAAUGAUGACCCUUCUCAUAUAG